UAAUUGCUGAAGACUCCUUAAAUAUAUAUAUAUUCGGGCUACUAACCUCCCAUGCACAUGGAAUAAUGACUCUGGAUUCUGCAUUGUGAGCUGCUCUCCACACCCUGAGAUUCCCUCUUCCAUUACAUUUUUUCCUUUGAAUUUGCAUCUCGUCAAGACACAAGAUUAAAACCAAAUUUACACUACACUGGAUUUUAAAUUUUCUUCCGUUCCUUUAUCCUCCGUCUUUCUUAUGUGGAUAUGCAAGCGAGAAGAGGACCCUGGAUAUUCCCAACAUGCUCUCUCCCUUAAUCUGUCCGCCUAGAGGUUUGGCGUCUACAAACCAAGAGAGCCGACUAGCUGAAGAUGAAGCCCAGCGCAGAGUGCUGUUCCCCCAAGUUCUGGUUGGUGUUGGCCGUCUUGGCCGUAUCAGGCAGCAAAGCUCGUUCCCAAAAGAGCCCCCCCAGCAUCGGCAUCGCUGUCAUCCUCGUGGGCACUUCAGACGAAGUGGCCAUAAAAGACGCCCACGAGAAAGAUGACUUCCAUCAUCUCUCAGUAGUUCCCCGGGUGGAGCUGGUAGCCAUGAACGAAACUGACCCAAAGAGCAUCAUCACCCGUAUCUGUGAUCUUAUGUCUGACCGGAAGAUCCAGGGGGUGGUGUUCGCGGAUGACACCGACCAAGAAGCCAUCGCUCAGAUCCUCGACUUCAUUUCUGCUCAGACUCUCACCCCCAUCCUGGGCAUCCAUGGGGGCUCAUCUAUGAUAAUGGCGGAUAAGGAUGAGUCCUCCAUGUUCUUCCAGUUUGGCCCGUCUAUCGAACAGCAAGCUUCCGUCAUGCUCAACAUCAUGGAAGAGUAUGACUGGUACAUCUUUUCCAUCGUCACCACCUACUUCCCCGGCUACCAGGACUUUGUGAACAAGAUCCGCAGUACCAUCGAGAACAGCUUCGUGGGCUGGGAGCUCGAGGAAGUCCUCCUGCUAGACAUGUCUCUGGACGACGGCGACUCUAAGAUUCAGAAUCAGCUGAAGAAGCUCCAAAGCCCCAUCAUUCUCCUUUAUUGCACGAAGGAGGAAGCCACCUACAUUUUUGAAGUAGCUAACUCAGUUGGGCUGACUGGCUACGGCUACACGUGGAUUGUGCCGAGUCUGGUGGCCGGGGAUACGGACACGGUGCCUUCAGAGUUCCCCACGGGGCUUAUCUCUGUGUCUUAUGAUGAGUGGGACUAUGGCCUUCCUGCCAGAGUGAGAGAUGGAAUUGCCAUCAUCACCACUGCUGCCUCGGACAUGCUGUCCGAACACAGUUUCAUCCCUGAGCCCAAGAGCAGUUGCUACAACACCCACGAGAAGAGGAUCUACCAGUCUAACAUGUUGAAUAGGUAUCUGAUCAAUGUCACUUUUGAAGGGAGAAACCUGUCCUUCAGCGAAGAUGGCUACCAGAUGCAUCCGAAGCUGGUGAUAAUCCUUCUGAACAAGGAGAGGAAGUGGGAGAGGGUAGGGAAAUGGAAGGACAAGUCCCUGCAGAUGAAGUAUUAUGUGUGGCCUCGGAUGUGUCCUGAGACUGAGGAGCAAGAGGAUGACCAUCUGAGCAUUGUCACCUUGGAGGAGGCGCCCUUUGUCAUUGUGGAAAGCGUGGACCCUCUCAGUGGAACCUGCAUGAGGAAUACAGUCCCGUGCCAGAAGCGCAUCAUCUCUGAGAAUAAAACAGAUGAGGAACCAGGCUACAUCAAAAAAUGCUGCAAGGGGUUCUGUAUUGACAUCCUUAAGAAAAUUUCUAAGUCUGUGAAGUUCACCUAUGACCUUUACCUGGUGACCAAUGGCAAGCACGGGAAGAAGAUUAAUGGGACCUGGAAUGGCAUGAUCGGUGAGGUGGUCAUGAAGAGGGCCUACAUGGCAGUGGGAUCACUAACUAUCAAUGAAGAACGGUCAGAGGUGGUUGAUUUCUCUGUGCCCUUCAUAGAAACUGGCAUCAGUGUCAUGGUAUCUCGCAGCAAUGGGACUGUGUCACCUUCUGCCUUCUUAGAGCCAUUCAGCGCUGACGUGUGGGUGAUGAUGUUCGUGAUGCUGCUCAUUGUUUCUGCGGUGGCUGUCUUUGUCUUUGAAUACUUCAGCCCUGUGGGUUACAACAGGUGCCUAGCCGAUGGCAGAGAGCCAGGCGGCCCAUCUUUCACCAUCGGCAAAGCAAUUUGGUUACUCUGGGGUCUGGUGUUUAACAACUCCGUACCUGUGCAGAACCCAAAGGGGACCACCUCCAAGAUCAUGGUGUCAGUGUGGGCCUUCUUUGCUGUCAUUUUCCUGGCCAGCUACACUGCCAACUUAGCAGCCUUCAUGAUCCAAGAGGAGUAUGUGGACCAGGUUUCUGGCCUGAGUGACAAGAAGUUCCAGAGACCUAAUGACUUCUCACCCCCUUUCCGCUUUGGGACUGUGCCCAAUGGCAGCACAGAGAGGAAUAUCCGUAAUAACUAUGCAGAAAUGCAUGCCUACAUGGGAAAGUUCAACCAAAGGGGUGUAGAUGAUGCAUUGCUCUCCCUGAAAACAGGGAAGCUUGAUGCAUUCAUCUAUGAUGCAGCCGUGCUUAACUACAUGGCUGGAAGGGACGAAGGCUGCAAGCUGGUGACCAUUGGCAGUGGCAAGGUCUUUGCUUCUACAGGCUAUGGCAUUGCUAUCCAAAAAGACUCCGGCUGGAAGCGCCAGGUGGACCUCGCUAUCCUGCAGCUGUUUGGAGAUGGGGAGAUGGAAGAACUAGAAGCUCUCUGGCUCACUGGCAUUUGCCACAAUGAGAAGAAUGAGGUGAUGAGCAGCCAGCUGGACAUCGACAAUAUGGCGGGUGUCUUCUAUAUGUUGGGGGCAGCCAUGGCCCUCAGCCUCAUCACCUUCAUCUGUGAGCAUCUGUUCUAUUGGCAGUUCCGGCAUUGCUUCAUGGGUGUCUGUUCUGGCAAGCCUGGCAUGGUCUUCUCCAUCAGCAGAGGUAUCUACAGCUGUAUCCAUGGGGUAGCCAUAGAGGAGCGCCAAUCCGUGAUGAACUCCCCCACUGCCACCAUGAACAACACCCACUCCAACAUCCUACGCUUGCUCCGCACGGCCAAGAACAUGGCCAACCUGUCUGGAGUAAACGGCUCCCCUCAGAGUGCCCUGGACUUCAUCCGCCGAGAGUCCUCCGUCUACGACAUCUCUGAGCAUCGUCGCAGCUUCACGCAUUCAGACUGCAAGUCGUACAAUAACCCACCCUGUGAGGAAAACCUGUUCAGUGACUACAUUAGCGAGGUAGAGAGAACAUUUGGUAACCUGCAGCUGAAGGACAGCAAUGUGUACCAAGACCACUAUCACCAUCACCACCGGCCACACAGCAUCGGCAGCACCAGCUCCAUUGACGGGCUCUAUGACUGUGACAACCCACCCUUCACCACCCAGCCCAGGUCAAUCAGCAAGAAACCCCUGGACAUCGGCCUGCCCUCCUCCAAACAUAGCCAGCUCAGUGACCUGUACGGCAAGUUCUCUUUCAAGAGUGACCGCUACAGUGGCCACGACGACUUGAUUCGAUCAGAUGUCUCAGACAUCUCCACGCACACUGUCACCUAUGGGAACAUCGAGGGCAACGCAGCCAAGAGGAGGAAACAGCAGUAUAAGGACAGUCUGAAGAAGCGGCCAGCCUCGGCCAAAUCGAGGAGGGAGUUUGAUGAAAUCGAGCUGGCCUACCGUCGCCGACCACCCCGCUCCCCAGACCACAAGCGCUACUUCAGGGACAAAGAAGGGCUCCGAGACUUCUACCUGGACCAGUUCCGAACGAAGGAGAACUCGCCUCACUGGGAGCACGUGGACCUGACUGACAUUUACAAAGAACGCAGUGAUGACUUCAAGCGAGAUUCGGUCAGUGGAGGUGGGCCCUGUACCAACAGGUCUCACCUCAAACACGGAACGGGCGAUAAGCACGGAGUGGUAGGCGGGGUGCCUGCUCCUUGGGAGAAGAACCUGACCAAUGUGGAUUGGGAGGACCGGUCUGGGGGCAACUUCUGCCGCAGCUGUCCUUCCAAGCUGCACAAUUACUCCUCGACGGUGGCAGGGCAGAACUCGGGCCGGCAGGCCUGCAUCAGGUGUGAGGCCUGUAAGAAAGCUGGUAACCUGUACGACAUCAGCGAGGACAACUCCCUGCAGGAACUGGACCAGUCGGCUGCCCCCGUGGCUGUGACAUCCAACGCCUCCAGCACCAAGUACCCUCAGAGCCCGACUAAUUCCAAGGCUCAGAAGAAGAAUCGGAACAAACUGCGCCGGCAGCAUUCCUACGACACCUUCGUGGACCUGCAGAAGGAGGAGGCCGCCUUGGCCCCACGCAGCGUGAGCCUGAAAGACAAGGGCCGAUUCAUGGAUGGGAGCCCCUACGCCCAUAUGUUUGAGAUGCCAGCUGGUGAGAGCUCCUUUGCCAACAAGUCCUCAGUGCCCACUGCCGGACACCACCACAACAACCCCGGCAGCGGCUACAUGCUCAGCAAGUCGCUCUACCCUGACCGGGUCACGCAAAACCCUUUCAUCCCCACUUUUGGGGAUGACCAGUGCUUGCUUCACGGCAGCAAAUCCUACUUCUUCAGGCAGCCCACGGUGGCAGGGGCGUCAAAAACAAGGCCGGACUUCCGGGCCCUUGUCACCAAUAAGCCAGUGGUGUCAGCCCUUCAUGGGGCUGUGCCAGGUCGUUUCCAGAAGGACAUUUGUAUAGGGAACCAGUCCAACCCCUGUGUGCCUAACAACAAAAACCCCAGGGCUUUCAAUGGCUCCAGCAAUGGACAUGUUUAUGAGAAACUUUCUAGUAUUGAGUCUGAUGUCUGAGUGAGGGAAGAGAGAGAGGUUAAGGUGGGUACGGGAGGGAUAGGGCUGUGGGCCGCGUGGUGCGCAUGUCAUGGAAAGAGUCGGGGGUGAACUUGGCUCCCAUUCGCUUUUUCUUCUUCUUUUAAUUUCUCUAUGGGAUCCUGGAGUUCUGGUUCCUUACUGAAGGCAACCCUCGUGGCCAGCACCAUUUCUCCUCCCUCGCGCAGUUCUCUCCUUCCCACAUCUGUCCACCAUUCCUGUUUCCAUGAGAGAAUAGAACGGGGCCUCAGUGUGGGAGGAUGGAGAGGAGACCAAAGCGCUGCCUGUGUGCUUCUUCCUAGCGCAGAAGGGCUCUUAGCGGUUCACUUUGAGCGAGGCUUUCCUGAUGCUGCUCUCUUUGUUCAGGUGAGGAAGCGAAGGUGUUCUGAGGAAGGCCAUUGAACCUCCUGCUCAUAAGAGAGAAGAGGCUUUCACUGAAUUCUUGCCGCGUGGUUGACAUCUGCAGAGGGACCAUGUACCGAGCAGAGGGCAGGAAGUCAUUGUGUAUAUAUAAGCCAAAAAGAUAAAUGAAAAUCUUCUUCAGCUCCAGAA